UGGAGAACCUCAUGGCGUUCUGUCAAGUUAGGUUAACCCCUGCAGUGUUGUAAUAACUAGGGUAAAUGCCAGUGUGAAUUAUACAGUUAUCAAGUAAAAUAAGUUUGCCCACCUAUAGAUAACAGAUCGAAACUUGAGAAUAACACGUUUGCUGGACGGAUUUCAAGUUACCACGCCAUUACAUGUACAAACGAUAAGUAGAGAAGCUCACGACGCUCUGUCAAAUCAAGUUAACCCCUUCAGUGUUGUUAUAAUCGGAGUAAAUGUCGACGUGAAUUACAUAGUUAUCAGGCAAAAUGAGUUUGCCAAGCGUGAGUGAUUACUUUUUGCUGGAAAAGAUCGGCUCGGGGAGUUAUGCGACUGUCUACAAAGCAUUUAAAAAGGAUGGAUGCCGAGAGGUAGUCGCAAUCAAAUGCGUAGACAAAUCGACGCUGUCCAAGACAGCUAUCGAUAAUAUCGUCACAGAGAUUAAUCUCUUAAAGAUUCUCAAACACGAGCACAUAGUGGAGAUGAAGGAUUUCUUCUGGGACGAAGGGCACAUAUACAUCGUGAUGGAAUACUGCGACGCCGGUGAUUUAUCCAGUUUCAUCAAGAAGAAGCACAAGCUACCCGAACAAAUAUGCCGGAGAUUCCUGCAACAGCUCGCGCUCGCUUUAAAAUACAUGCGUGAUAACAAUGUCUCCCACAUGGACUUAAAACCGCAAAACUUGCUGCUAAUUAGAAAGCCCCAUUUGAUACUAAAAGUCGGAGAUUUCGGUUUCGCGCAGUACCUCUCGAAUUCGGAGCAAAAAUUUACGAUUCGGGGAUCCCCCCUUUACAUGGCGCCUGAGAUUUUAUUGAAACGCAAGUACGACGCCCGCGUCGACCUUUGGAGCGUCGGUGUGAUCAUGUACGAAUGCCUUUUCGGAAAAGCUCCGUACUGUAGCAGCAGUUUUCAAGAACUGGCAGACAAAAUCAAGGACUGCCGACCUAUAGAGUUACCGAGAGGAUCGCACGUGUCGCGCGAGUGCCGGAAUUUAUUGACGUCCUUGUUGAAGCACGACCCUGACGAGAGGAUAUCGUUCAAUGAUUUUUUUGCCCACGAUUUUCUGGAUCUGGCUCACGCGCCAACCAAGGAAAAUUAUGACAAGGCGGCGGAGUUAGUGCAGAAGGCUGUGAAAAUGGACGCGGAAAACAAUCCUAAAGAAGCGUUUCACCUUUACUGCGAGGCUCUUACGUACUUCAUUCCGAUACUCACAAGUGAGACCGACUUUAAACGGAAAGAGAUUUUGAGGUCACACGUAAAUAGUUACAUUAAGAGAGCGGAGGUAUUGAAAGGAUCAUGUACAGAUGCUAGUAACGAGAAAGAUAAAUGUUUACGGUUAGGGGACAAAGGAAAUUCUUCGUCGGUCCACAGAAUACCAUCUUUGAACCAAACAUCUUCGUUUGUGUAUCACGAGCUACGAACUCUUAGCAAAACCACAACCAAUAUGGCGGAUGCGCUAGAAAUAGGAGAAGCUGCCGAACAAUAUCUUACGGAAGGGAAUUAUGGGCUCGCGUUAGAAAAGUUUCAAUCUUGUUUAGGACUGCUGUUGCCUUUGUUGGGUAAAGAACCUGCGGGUCGAAGGAGAGACUUGUUAUAUAAACAGUUUCAGCUUUGGAUGAAAAAAGCCGAAAGCACCAAAGGCCUUUUACAAGCUACGAAAAAUAUGGAAGAAGUACAGCGUGGUUCCGAUUUGUCCGAAUGCGCACUGCAAUAAUUUUGCAUUAUCACGUUCAAUGCAGAUUAUUAUUUCCACUGAAAUUGUUUAUUUAAAUUUUGUAAAUUAAAUAGAAACCAUACGCGUUACUUUGCAUUGAUGUAUGUAAAUAAAAUGUGCAUAUUAAUUUAUGGAGAAAUAAACCACUUUGUAUUACACUUUUCAAUAUAAAUUGUAUUACUUUAUAAACGAUA